AUGGUCGGCAAGAAGGGGGAGCCCAAAAAGGAUGCAGAGGCCAAAGGGAAGGGGGGCAAAGGGAAAGGGAAGGAUGGCAAGAAGGGCAAGAAGGAUGCGCCCAGCGAGUCGGAGGAGACCUCGGACACGGAGCUGCUGAAGGCAGAGGAGAGCGAGGAGACGGAGCCCAAGAAGGGGAAGGGGAAGAAGGGAAUGCUCAAGGGGGUGGUGGUGGCGAAGAAGCCGGGCCGGGGAAAGAAGGUGCAGCUGGAGCCAGAGGAGGAAGAGGGUGAGAGUGAUGCUGCACCGGCCAAGAAGAACCUGAAGGGCACCUCCAAGCUAGUGAUGGGGCUGGCAGCUGACAAUGCCAAGAAGAAGAAAGGGGCCAAGGGCGCGGAGGCCAAGCGCCAGCCCAAAGAAUCCGUGGAGCCUGCCCCAGCUGAGGAGGAGGAGGCAGCAGCGGCACCGAAGGCCCGGGUGAAGCGGAGCCUCCGCAGUACCUCCAAGCUCUUCCUGGGCUUCAAGAAGCUGGGGCUGCGGCGGCCCAAGAAGGGGCAGUUCAAGAACACAUCCCGCUUCUUCUGGGGGCUACAGAAGCACAGCACCAAGAGGAAAAAGAAGAAGAAGAACAAGGCGGUACUCAAGUCCACCUCCAACCUGAUGGUCCGCUUCAAGCGUGUGGGCAAGAAGAGGAAGGAGGCAGCCAACAGCUCCCCGCCGGCGAAGCCGUCCUUCCUGCUGCUGCGACGGGGCGGGCAGGAGGAGGAUGGAGCCUACGGCCCCCGCCGUGGCUAUGCCAAGGAGGAAGAUGGAAAUUAUGGCUUCCCGCCGUGCUAUGCCAAGAAGGAAGAUGGACCCUAUGGCACGCGGCAUGGCUAUGCCAAGGAGGAGGAUAGAGCCUACAACCCCCAGCGUGGCUACGCCGAGGAGGAUGGAGCCUACGGCCCCUGGCGUGGCUACACCGAGGAGGAGAAUGGAGCCUACGGCCCACAGCAUGGCUACGCGGAGGAGGAGGAAAGCUACAUCCAAACCCCAGCCUACCCAGCGGGGUAUGGCUUUGAGGAUGCGGUGCCAACCCCCUACGCUGACUACCCUGGCUACGAGGCAGAGGACGAGUAUGGCUUUUAUGGCGGGUUUUGGGAGGAUGGUGACCCGCCGGGUCACCCCUAUGGCUACGCGGAGCUUGAGGAAGAAGGGCCAUUUGGCAGCAGGUCCCCCCUCGCCCUCUACGACCCUUACAGCAGCGACCCGGAGUACGGCGAGGAGGCGUACAGCGAGGGCGGGUGGGCGCCGCACGCCCAGUCCUCCUGCAACCCCUACGCCCUGGCCCUGGAGGAGAUCGCCGAGGCCGAGGAGCCCGAGGAGUUCGAGGAAGAGGAGGAUGAGGAGGGGGAGUAUCCCUUCUCCAUCCUCAGCGCCUCCUCACUCCGGGGUAUGCGGGAGACGCUCUCCUCCAAGCUUUCCCUCAAUAGGAAAUUCAGGCUCUUUCCCCGGCCCCAGGUCAAGCUUUUCGGCAGGGACCGCCUGGACGUCCCCCUCCCGCCAUCCCCCCCCCUCCCCCGCGGGGGUUCAGGUGAACCGCCGAGUGUUGUGCCAGGAGCGGCACAGCCGCCUCCGCCUGUUCCCGCCUGCCCACAGCGAGGCUGUGGGAUGCUUGCUCGCAUCCUUGCCAUCACUGGCUGUGGACUGCAUGGUUUGGAGUCACAGGUGGUGGUUUUGGGGUGGUGGUGGGGACUGGGUGGGAUGCCGGAGGGGCUUGGCACAACCUUGCUGUGA